AUGGUCAAGGCUUUCGUAGUAGAACCCAUUCGCGAAGCCAACGGAGAUAUAUUGAUAGCGCUGUCGAAUCGCAAAUGCGACCACCUACAUCUUCAGAGCACCGUACUAAAGCACAGCACAUACUUUGGUCCGCGUCUCUCUGGCCGCUGGUCAAAUACGGCGUCCUUUGAGGUCGUCCACCCUUGCACGGGCGAGUCGACGAAGAUAUGGAAGUUCGGCUUGGUCGGUGACGGAGACGACGCGGCUUGUGCUGAACUCCAAAAGGCGGAUCUGGCUAGUGGUACGUGGAUGCUUCAAAGCGGAGUUCCGGACGCAGACUUGCCAGACUGGGUAGAGAUCAAUGAGUCCCAUGCCGACAAGCUCAGCCACGUGUCGUAUUCCUAUCCAAGCAUUACCGGCGAGCGGUUCUAUCGCUCGGACUAUGCAUCGGGCUUCCCCAUGCGGGGUGAUGCACGUUACUUCCCUCUCGGACAACUGCAGCGUUGGGCCGUCAUCGCUCACAAACUCCUCUUUCGGCUCGUCUACGGGCUCGACAUCGAUCUACGCGCGCUCCCGGCCACCGAUGCAGUCGAGGUGCUGGCCGAUGUUGUAGCUUAUGAGGUCCCAUCUCGCGGAGCUCACGUCGUCACGUAA